AUGCAGCUCUGCGUCUCCAACAAGCUCAGAGUCAGUCUCAUCUGGGCAUGUUGCCUGGCUCUGAUGGGCUUAGGUGCGCCAGUUUCUGUAGAAUUCUCGUCAUCACUAGCCGUGUUCGUCGACAGGCUCGAAGAUGCUUCUGUACCAGUUCUACCGAGACAAUAUCAUUCGACCUGGGACUUUUCCUCGAACAAGGUGCACCAUUGGCUCACCAGUUUUCUGUUUAAAGACGGCAAAAACUUCAACCCUAAGCUCUUCUACUUGGGUAGAGACCCAUUGAAAUUAGAUACCCAUCUCGCUGUCGCACACUGGUAUCCCAACACUUUCCUUCUAAAUCGGGUCCGUCCGAUAGGUGCUCAGACCGUCAACCUUGAAUACCGACACGGUCUCCUCGCAAUGAAGCUGGCCUCGCAUGAAGAGCCAGAGUUCGUUGGAAUAUUGUGGAUCAAAGAUAAGAGGAACGCAAAAAAAGCUCGAGCAGCUGAUCGAGCAAAGCGAUCUGGAAAGCAUAGAGAGGAGCGUCGAGAAUCUCAAGGACGUUCAAAGAGUGAUCCACCAUGGGAUUAUUUGAUCGAGGUGCGCUGCAGCCUCGAUCCACUCUCGAUUACGAGUCUGUCCACGAUUCUCGUCUACAUACACAGAAUCACGUGCUUGUUACGAUAG